CGUUAAUUUUCUAACGGUAACGUUAAGUAACGUUAGGUCUACAGUAGGAAGUCAAUGUAUUUAUUUAUUGUAUUGUAACGUACAAAUGUUUCGGUGGCACGUUGAGAAGAAGUUUGUUGGUUUUGGUCGUUUAAGGUAACUAAAAGUUGCUGUAAUCUGUAAAUUACCGUAUAUUAUCGUCGCUAUUUGUGACAACAUGUUAACGUUAACGUUUGUCAGCUGUGGCAGGGAACACGUUAACGGUUAACGGCUGUUAAAACUGUAACGUUACCGUUAGUUGGCUGUUGCACUGAAAAAGUUUCCCAGCUCGACGAGGAAGCGCACACCUUUAGUUAACGUCAGUGGCGCAGGUUAAUGUCUUAACUAACUUAGGCCUAAGUUACAGUUAACGUUUGCUGAUGCUAAUUUAUCUCUCUGCUUAUUGGGGUGCUGUGAUUUCAGCGACGCGGAAACACACGGAAUUUGAUAAAAGUGGAAUCAACUGUAAAAUGCGGUUUAAAGUUAUCUGCCAUAACGUUGAGGCAGUUCCUAUAGAAAUAGGAUUUUUUCCCUAGUUAUAUUUUUUUGAAGUGAACAGAAAAAAUGUUUUGGUUAUUUACAGGCACGCUGCCUCUGGAUUUCAGCUCAACAGUAUGAUGAUAUUGCACCGCCAUCUGGUGGCUACAGAUUAAUUUAGAGCCACUGUUACAAUAUUAGCCUCUGUGGUUAUUUUUAUUUCAAUGUAAGUGAAGGAGAAUCUAAUAUACAACUACAAUAAGGAUUAUAAGGACAUGUACGUACUUAUAAACACACACAGAACUAAACUCAGUCAAUCAAAGCUCACAUGAUUAUAAUAUGUCAAAAGUUUUCAAUAUACUAAUAGACCGGUGAAUCAAAAUCAGGAGGUAGAUAUGAUAGAACUGUGUAAAUUAUGUUCAACUAUUUACACCACGUUGGCAUGUAGGCAAUCAAAAUUUCUCACCAUGAACGAUAACACUAGUAACUUAAAGUAACAUGAGUUGUAUUGUAUUUAUCUUAAUGUAAAGACACAAAAAGUGUUUAGCCUCAAUAGUUUGGAAUGUGAUCAUGUUCGGUAAAUAACUGGGUGUGGUGGGGACAUUGUGUACAGAAUAAUAUUUGGACCCUAAUAUUUUUGUUUGAUUAUUUAGAGUUUUUUAUAUACAGUUUUAUAUUGAUUAAAAAAUGUGGAAGUCUGUAAAUUUUGGUGAGAGCAUGGAUAGGCAAAAUGACUUGAUAUAAUGAUAUAUGAAGGUAAAUUACUAUUCUGGGGGCUGAUGUGGGUAAAUAGUGUGAUGAUGAUUGUGGUGGUCAGAGGCCUGUGAUGGCAUUCCUGUCUUUGAUCUUAAAUAGAUUAAGAAGGUUUCUUCGGCUGAACCUGGUUCAUAGACUUUCCCCGCUUACUUUUAUUUACUUUUCUAAAGUAAGUUUUCUAGUAAUUUUUAUGCUUAUCUGUGCCUUUUCUGUAAUUUCUACACUUCUUCAUGCUAAUUUAGGGGAAAUCUAAAAUAGUUCAGACAUUUGGCCACAAGCACACAAAUUUUUUCAUCAGAAGGAAUACUUGUAGAAAUGAGUGGUUUCUGCCUUGUUAGAUAGAUAACACACGGGAAGGCCUUCACUUGUGGCCAGCUUUGUGUGGGAAUUGCAGGCUAGACAGUAUUUAUGACUAGUGGAUCUUGAAAAUGCGCUCUGUUCCGCUGACACAUUCAGAAAUCGCGGAAAUGUUAGAGGACAAAUAAACUGAGUUGGAAUACUUAAGUUUUUGGUUUGUCUGUCCGUACGUGCUUGUACCAAGUUCUUCGCUGAUAUCACAUUUGUGUGUUAUAGAAGAAAAUUUUGAAAAAAGAUUUUUUUUAUCUUGAUAUUGUCUUUGUGUAUCUUGAUUUGAGUGCCCACCUUUCCAUAUGACAGUGAGCUUUGUGUUGAGGCAAACUAUUUUACUCUGAUUAACGAUCCUUGUGAGUGAAACCUUUUGUUUUAUUGUGAGGAGAACCUCAGGAUGGAGGUCUAGACAAUUACUGAUGUAGCCUGUAUGUUUCCCUCCAUGCAGCAUGAAUGCUCAUAAUAAUCGUCUUUAUUCUUCUGAAGUAAAGAUUCUUCAGUGUGGAACCAGAGUUAUAUAUUUCGUCUUCUACAGUGUCCAUCUGAUAAAACCAAAAGGCAGGACCACGUGGGCUGACAGAGUUUUAUUCUUUCUUUUAUUCAUCAUAAGUGAAAAUUGGCGAGAAGAACACUUUUUUUUCAAUCACUCACUGUAAGCUCCAACUUCAACUGUAUGCAGGUGGUGAUUCUACAACUGCAGCAUGCAGCCGGUUGGGUCACAGAAAGGAAUUUCUACCAAAAGCCAGCUGUUCGAUUCUCUGGAAGUGUAUUUGAACAACAAGAACAGACUGCAACCCAUUAUUGGCCUAGGCAGCAUUAUAGAAUGUAUGAAGGCGGGUGCACAAAACAAACAAGCACUGUACCUGUGUGAGGUGUGUGUGUGUCGACUUAGUAAAGCUGACAUGCGGAACCACAUUACGGGAAGUCUCCACAGAUACAACUACAUUAAAGCCUGGCAUCCCCACUUAGUGUCUGAAUGGAAGGACAAGUUCGACCUGUCCAAGCUGGCUUGGCCACUGAUGAAGAUGGCCAAGAUACUUGAGGAAAAAGAGGGACCUGGAGAUGUCCAGUUGUUAGAGGUUGAAGACGCCACAUACCAGAAGAUGGCAACACACACGGAGAAUAACGGUCUUUUCCGCCUGGUUGAGUGUAGAGGUGAAGACGGCCACACAUACUGUUUUUUAUGUCACUGCUGCCGCAUCAAAUCCACCAAAAAGGACAUCAUUGAUCACCUAACCAGCUCUUCCCAUCUCAUGAACUACUUGAUGGAAAGUCAUCCUGAGCAGGUGGAUGUAAUGAUGGCAGAUAUUAAGGACAACGAUCAGAUUCUCCUGUCACUGGCCAAGAAAGUGGAGCAAGAGGAGGGAAGAGGAGAGCUGAAGGUGGUAAACGCACCAGAAUCCCUCUGUAUCCAACUGACUGGCAAAAGUUACCACUGGUGUAUAAAGAUGCUGUGUAAUGAUUGGACACAUACUAAAAUCCAAAAGGCCAAAAUAGCUGUCAAAGGGCCGAGUAUGAACAAGACUUCAAAUCAAGGCAUUCCAGAGAAAUGUGCAAAAAGGAGGAGAUCAAGGAGGAAGACGAGGAAAGUGAGUAAUACGGUGUUCAAGGUAAGCCUGCCUCUUACCAAAGGUGCAGUGCUGCUGGAGAGGACGUCUUUGAGUGUGGACAGCUUCCCUGUAUCAUCCGCAUACUCACCUUCAUUGGACUCGGAUCUCAUUCCCUUGCCAGAGUCUCAGUCAGAGGACUGUGAGUCUGAAUCAUUUGCAGUUAACCAUGCUGAACACACAUCAAUGGGUACAACCCCACAACUUCAGCAAGACCUCUAUAUUGGACAUGCAGGCGCUGGUCAGUACAUGGGACCAGAAAUAACCUUCACAGUCAGACAAGAGGUGAAUAAAGAGGCAAAUGGUUACUUCAAUGACAAUGAGUACUUCAACCAGCCUGAAGACAUAACUGAGCCAAAAGACAAACGGUUUUAUGAGCCAAAUGAAUACAACAGACAGCACAAUUCUGAAGAAAGAUCAAGUAAAAGGUUUUACAAUGAGUGCCAAAAUGAAGGCCCACAGACACACAACAAGGGGCUGUCGGCUGCUGCGCCCCACACUCAGGACUGGUUAUCUUAUGACUCUUCCAGCAGACUUGAGAAAGAUUACACUGAGCAGUGGUACAAUUCCGGCACUAGGGUUGAAGUGCCAAGAGAAGAGAGACCAAGAGAGACGAGUGCAAACGCUACUCAACAUUAUUACCAACAUUGGCCCCAAUAUCAGGACAUGGCACAAGAGCAUACAAGUCUUUGGACAGGUGGUGUGGAGCAGCAUGAUUUGUCUGGCGAAUUGGCGCCUCAUUUUGAUGCUGUUAGGAUUAACAUGCAUCCUCGCUUCGGAGAUUCCCUUGCUCACAGUUGCAGCAUUGCUCCAGAGCCUAGAGCACAGUUUCUUGAGAUUGAACAGAGACAAUUGCAAACAUACAUGGAGUUCACCAUUGGCCAUGUCCCGACAGCUCCACAUAGUAAUAUGACACAAACUACGGCCCAUCAAGCCACCCAAGUAGGCCAUGGGGUGAUGUCUAACCCCAACUACAAUACUGGGCCAUGGACAAACCCUGACCAUCACCUUCCUCAUCCAGUCGGUGGUGGGGAUGGUCACGGUAUGUACCGGUCAAAUGCUUUUAUCCCACCUGGGCAAGCUCUGAAUUAUGGGGUCCACUCUGAUCCUAAUUUCAGAGCUGCUGGUUUGUAAGGUUUGCUGAUUUCAGGAAGUAAAGAUGGAACAAAAACUCCAUUAUGUUUACAUAAGACAAUUUAAAUUGUGCAUAUAUUGCCACACGACACUGAGACCAUGUUUCUACCCAAGAAACUGGUAGCCAUUGAAUAAAAUGGCACUUAGAUGGUCCAGCAUAAGCUCCACUCGGGCUUUGGCAUUUUUAAUGUUCUAAAAUAAACGUAUCUGGUUUGUCAGAAAUGGGAAUCUUCUAAUGGAGGGAUGUUUUGUCUGUAGUAAUACAACCUUCAUAGCCUCUGAGAUCAGUAUUAAACUUUCUCCCCUUUGAUUUUCAGUUAGAACAUUUAUUUUAUAUGACAAAGUAUUCUUUUAACAUGAAACUGACAAGGAUUUUACAUUUUAAUUCACCCAAAUCUGUAAACGGAUGAAAUUUACCAUUAAAUUGAAAUGAGCCUAGUUUGUGACAUUUCCUUGGAUGUGCUUUGACAUAUAGGUGUUGUAGGUGUUACGUCACAUGGUUACAUAUAAACAGGUAUUGCCUUCUGAUUUUAAAUUAAGGAUAUUUAAAAUUAUACUUUGUUUUUGUUAUCCAAGAAUUUAAAAGUGACUUUUUAUGCAAGCAGUAUUGGCUCAUUCAUUUAAAGGGAAAAGUACUAGAAUGUAAUCAUAUUUUUCUAGGUUUUACAUGUAUCCUAACUAAGUGAGGGUGAGAAACAUGCUCAGUAACAUUAAGCAUCAAACUAUGUGUAGCAGCAGGCAGUUUUUCUGUGAUUAAUACUUUGUAUUGGUUCAGAGAAACAGAAAUUACAAAACUUUCAAAUCACAGUGAGGCGGUGGUGUAGUUGUCACAUAUGUUGAAGUAACACCUACAUUUUCUGUUUCUUUUGGACCAUUUUGUUAUGUACAAGUUGGGCCUGAAUAACUCCAAAGAUUAAUCAACUGAAAUUCAAUUAAUGUGUGAUGGCUCACUUCAGGUUUGUGCUUGAGUGGAUUUUUUUUUUUUUGGCAGCUUUUGAAAGUAAAUGUAAUGAAACAACAAGGUCAAAUGUGCUGCUUGCUAUUUUAUUAUUGAAUAAAGAACUGCUGAUGUUACUUGCUGAUUUGCACUAAAAAUAUAAUAUAAUUAUAUAAUAUAAUAAUAGUUUAGUUUCUUAAUUUGUUGACUGGUGUAUAAUGGGAUGAUACUGGUAUUAUUGCUAUAAACAAGAGUUUGUAAAUGAUGCAAGUGAUUAAUCUAUCACCCUUUGAUAAAGUAAGGGCAGGUACUGUAGGUAAAGUUAACAGCUGAUGUAAAUGUCCAGUGCUGGGAUGUAGAGUAAAUGAGUUAUUAAAUCAUCUUCCUUCAUUUAGGAGAUCAGAUCUUUGCUGCAUACAUUUGAACCUUGGUGUGAAUGUUUUACACUGUGCAGUGUGAACAAACAACACCAAAAAGACGUGCAAAGUCCUUUUACUAUACCGUAUGGUAGUGCUGCUUGCAUCACCCCGAUAGGCUUGUCCCCCAGCGAGAAAGAGAGAAUUUUAAUAAGUAACCCUUCAACUCUUUAUGCUGAAACUGAUAACAUGCUCAUUUUUGUUGUUAAAUUUGUACAUAAUUUUAAUGUACGCAUAAGCUAAUGACAAACUUUACAGCCAAACAGUAGUCUAGUCAUUCCUUUUCCAUGUCUUUUGUUUUUUAACACACAGAAUCUCAAUUAUGUAAUGCAGUUCUUGGACAAUGGCAAAAGGGAAAAGUGAAUGAGAGAGUGAAGUUUUACGGUUGACACAUCAGGAUGUUUUUUAUGAGGCAGAGUGGAAGAAUGGUCUGUAGUCCAAAUAUUAGUGUUUUGUCCAUAAUGCUGUCCAAAUAUAGCCUAAUUUACCACAGUCCCAAAAACCUUCUUGUGGAAACUUUUAACCGGUGUUUUGUUUAGUUGAGUCCUCAACAUACUGUAUAUGAAUUGGGUUGAGAAAACACGUUUCAAUAAAGUUUGAUACACAAAAGUGA